CUAGCUGUCAAAUUUGAAACUCCUUUCCUUCCGUUAUUUACUAUUUACAUUACAUUUUCAUUCCAUUUAAACAUGGAAAAGGUUCCAAUUAUAAUUUACUAUUAUUUAUAGAUUAUGUGUUAUAUCUGGCAGUAAUAUGGUGUGACAAAAUAAUAAAGGACAUUGCAGAUUUUAUGUCGUAUACAAAAGUUGUAGUUAUGCUUUGAAAUGAAUUCAAAAAUAUAUAUUGGAUUGAUUGUUUCAAUUAUAGUAUUGAUUUUAGUGUAUCUAAACGUUGAACAUAAAGUUCAAGGCUGGGAUAAAAAUGUAGAUAGGAAUGUAAGUCAUUAUUUAAGUCACAUAUCCACACAAAUCGUUCCUACACGUUUUUGCAAUGAACCAUUAAAGACAUUAAUAAUAGUCACAUCCGCACCAUCCAAUGAAAAUGAAAGACAAACUAUAAGAGAAACUUGGGGUAAUACAGAGGAUAUCAAGAAAUAUAAUAGCACAGUCAUGUUUUUUACUGGAAAGUCAUCGGAUCCAGAAAUACAGAAAGCAAUAUUGACUGAAUGUGAAAAAUACGAUGAUAUAAUUCAAGAAGAUUUUGUAGAGUCCUAUUUUAAUCUGACUUUAAAGUCAACACUUAUAAUGAGACUCGUAUCUAAUCGGUGCAUUGGAAGAGCACAGUAUUUGUUAAAAAUUGACGAUGAUAUGUUUUUGAAUGUCCCUAAUUUAUUUGAAAUGAUCGUUGAAAAAAAUAAGUCAGAAAAUCUUUUGAUAGGGUUGAUGGAAUGUAAUGCUCGUCCAAUAAAGGAUCCGUUUAGUAAAUGGUACACCCCAAAUUACUUAUUUAAUGAAACAGUUUUCCCUAAUUUUGUAGCUGGUAUCUCAUAUCUUAUGUCAGUGGACACGAGUCUAAAAUUAUAUAAGGCUGCAUUGACAACGCCACUUUUUCAUUUAGAAGAUGUAUAUUUAACAGGUUUAUGUGCAAGAAAUGCAGGAAUACAUCCAGAACACAGUAAUCAAUUUAUCCGAAGUGCACCAGAUGAUGAACCUUGUCAAUUUAAAAAUUAUAUUGCCAUCCAUGAUAUGACGCCCAGUAGAAUGAGGAAUACUUUCUACUCUUUGAGUGAUUCAAGUCUAAUGGGCGAAUGUAGCAAUUACGAAGAAAUGUUUAAUGUAAGACAAUGGAUGUGGAACACUUUAUUUACCCCAUAUUCCCGUUCAAAACGAAAAAGGCUGUGUAAUUAAACGUUUUUAAUAGAAAUAAUAAUAAAACCUGUUAGUUAA